GGGGACUGGAGGUCGGCAGUCGGCUCGGCGGCCCUCAGCAUGAACCCCAUCCAGAGUUUCCACUGUAAGCUGCGGGGUCUGGCCACCACGCUGGACAGCGAGACGGCCCGGCUGCUGAGAGCGCUGGACGGCGAGGACAGCGAUUUUGAAGAUUCUCCAGGGAGAAUUUUGCAUGACCUUCAUUCAGAAGUCCAGACUCUAAAGGAUAGUGUUAAUGCUCGUCUCGAUGAAGCAAGGUUGGAGAACCAAGAAAGCACAAGCUUCAUCAAGGCCACGAAAGUGCUGAUGGGAAAAAACUCAGCAGACAGCAGGAACCUCAGAGAGUUUUUCCAGAAGUAUGGCUACCAAGCACGUGACAAGGAGGAUUCAGGAUGUGAGCACAGAGUGAAUAACUCCACCCCAGAGUUAGCUGUGUGUAAAGACAUUCAAAAGCCUGGUGUGAAGGAGCUGUCUGAUCCCUGUGUUCCGGGCGGUUCUGUUUCUGAAGAGCCUCUGCAAAGCCCACAGCUCUCAGACUUUGGACUUCAGCGGUACAUGAUUUCCCAAGCCCCAGCAAACCCUCCCCAGACAGCUGCCAACCUCAAAGAAGAACGUGUACCUGAAACCCCUCCUGCCAAAGAACCCUCUGUCCAAGUGCUGAAGACCCCUAGAUGUGCUCUAAAGAUGGAUGAUUUUGAGUGUGAAACUCCUAAAUUAGAACACUUUGGUAUAUCUGAAUAUACUAUGUGUUUAAAUGAAGAUUACACAAUGGGACUUAAAAAUAUGAAGAACAUUAAAAGUUCCCUUCUGAGCGGUGCCAGUGGAGAAGCCAUAGGAACAGGGCCCGUGACCAGUGAUAAUUCUUUUGCCAUUCCUGGUCCCAUAAUCCAGCAGAUGGAAAAAAGCGAUGUGGAAUACAUAAGUUCACCAUUGCCACCUAAAUUCUGCACUCCUGGUUUGAAAAUUCCUUCUACAAUGGACAGAACAGAUUUGGUAUCUAUAGAUUAUCCACUAUCAAAACCAAAUAGUUCAUCAACUGAUUUGGAAAUUAAAGAUUGUGCUCCAUUAAUUUUAAAUUCAGAUGAAAGCUAUCAGAGUUUUGCAGACCCCCCUUCUUCAGCAAUUAUUUCUUGUGAAAGUUUCGCAACACCCUCUCCUCCGAAAGUCACUGCAAUUCCAGAAGACAUUCUCCAGAUGAUAACAAAGCACAGCUCAAACCUAGCUUCUCCCAUGGAUGUUAAAGUAAUGCCACGGAGGAAGGGCUUCCUCAAGUAUGAGGGGCAGAGCACCCGAGGCGCUGCCAACAAGGAAAACUGGUAACGGAAUUCUACAGUGGAUACAUCCAAUACAGAAGCUAGACAGAACAGGAAAGUGAGCUGGACUAAGGUUCUCAGAAUUGUAACUGGUUAGCACAGACCAGUAGAGUCAGAGGGAGGGCUCCUGCUGGCAGUCUUCUUUCUCCCAGCCUCUCUCUUAUUUCAUUCUUAUGUGAAUGUUUCUGUUUCACCG